AUGGCUCCCGGCGGACUGGUGUGCACCGCCUCCGUCUUCAACAUCGUCCUCAUCAGCUUUGACAGGUUCAUCUCUGUCACCAGGGCGGUGAGUUACAGGGCUCAGAAAGGAAUGACCAGAAAUGCAGUAUUGAAGAUGAUCACUGUAUGGAUUGCUGCUUUUCUCCUCUAUGGUCCAGCCAUCCUCAGCUGGGAGCAUGUUGCCCAAAAAAGCAUCCUCCCUGAAGGAGAAUGUCAUGCAGAAUUCUUCUACAACUGGUAUUUCCUAAUGAUUGCAUCUACUAUUGAAUUCUUUACACCUUUCAUUACUGUUACAUACUUUAACUUACGUAUAUACCUCAACAUAAGGAAGCGCACAUCCCUCAGAAAUGAAAACCUAUCACCUGGUCAAGACGACUGUGAAAUGAGUUUCCAGGGGAAGAAAAGGGAACACACCAUAUUUUUUGUAAAACCUGCUAACAGGCUCAAACAUGAGAAGAGAGCAAACAGCCUUUCUCCCCCUAAACCACAGGCUUCAAAGCUCAGCCUACAUAAGCUUGACCAUCAGUCGUUAAAUUUCAAUGUCAGUCAAGACUUUCCACCACUUCAGAUAGAUGUCAAGACCAAAUCACAUAGGAAUGGUUUAUACAGAACUACAGAAAGCGUAUGCAACACCACAAGCAGAGGGGACACUGCUAACACCACGGCAAAUAGAUUUAGACUUUCCCGGGAUAAAAGAGUGGCAAAAUCAUUAGCAAUUAUUGUCUGCGUCUUUGGUUUGUGCUGGGCUCCAUAUACGCUCUUGAUGAUCAUUAGAGCAGCUUGCCACGGGCACUGUGUGCAGCAUUCACUUUAUGAAACUUCGUUUUGGCUUCUGUGGGUGAAUUCAGCCAUUAACCCUGUUCUAUAUCCACUGUGCCACAUGAGCUUUCGAAAAGCUUUUCUAAAACUCCUGUGUCCAGGAAAAGCCAAAAUUCAUCCUCAUAAUUUGAUGUGAAAAAAAAGGAACAAAUACCAACUUUGAGGAAAAAAAAAAUGCAUCUUGCUUUCAGUGGGAGCAUAAACUGGCUCAGUGCUCACCUGUAAAUGUUAAAUGCAAUGAGAACUGGGUACUUCAAGGGAAUAUUGGAAAGUAGAUACAGGUGUAAAUCGAUUUAGGAAUGCAUAGAAAUACAAUCAUCCAUGUUGCUGGAGAAACCACGUGUAAUUAAAACAAGGCUGCUAUUUGUCAAAGCUCUUUGGGAAAUUAUGCCAACAGCAGAAGUCUAGUGCACCAUCACCAGAAAGAAAAGUGCCAAAAAGAGUAGAGCGUUCAUAUCAGAGUUAGAUUUCAGGUUCUCUCCCUUUUAAUAGUUACAGGUAUUACUAGUAAGGAAUUUCAUUAAGUGUUAAGCCUAAGGCCUGCCAUAUUUUACUUCCAACCCUGCUCUAUAAGGUUCCCAAGGGUAUCAGCUGUGAAGGGUAGUAUACUAUUUUUGGGAGGCUACUGCUCCAGUCCCUGCAACAUUAACAGCUUUCUUCCCAAAUGGCAAGCCAGACAAAAUGGUCACUAAUGGGAAAAACUAAAUACUAAUGACCAGGAAAAGCAUGGGGCAAGAGGCAACAGAACAGUCAAGUUCUUAGAGAAGCUCAGCAAUUGCCAGCAGGUAAGGGAGCACAGAUUUGGGUGGAAAAAGCUGAUCAAGAAUGAGAGCAGAAUUUUAGUAGAACUGAAAAAUCACGGACAGGAACCUGAAGGGGGUUUGAGCAGCAAUACAAGUUCAGAGAGCUGGGAGCUUGCGUACCAGAAAAGUUACAGGGGAAACUCCCUCGCCUAGCUAGGGAUUCCUGACCCUUCUUAGUGGAGGGGCUAGGAUGCUGCAUGGGCAGGAGUUUACUCAUAAGUCAAACUUUUACUCCUUAGAGAGCUGCCAGGUAUUAUUGUUCUUCUCUCUUUUGCUGUAACUCUAUAGUAAGACUAAUUAAUCUGUAAGCGCUGACAGAGAUCUCACUAUGACAGAGCAUAAAGUAAACAUCCCUUGGAAUAAUUUUUAAAACAGACUCCAAAUUUAGUUUUUGUUAUUUCUAUUGCACUUUGAAAGGAACAAAGGUGUUGUUUUUUGCCCACCUAUUGGAUCUAUCCAUCCAUCAAGUCAUAGAUUGUUUAACAGAAUAUUACUCCAACUGUCUACACUUUAAAAUGAUGCCUAUGAACAGCAUGACCCACAGUCUGUUAAAAUUGACAGCCCUGCUAUUGACCAUAGGUGGCAAAAAAGUUUAGUUACUUAUACUCUGGUUCCUGCUCUUCUGCCUCUACCACAAGAGACUCACAUAGCUAGACCUCGAGUGCUGUCUAGAUCUGUCCCGCACAAGAAGUAUCAGUUUGAACACCAACAGUAAGAAAUUUAUCACCACCCUCAUGAGCAUCUUCUACAUGGUUUGAGAAACUUCCCUUUGCUGACAAGUGAUAAGUUACUGAACAGCCAUAAUUGUCCAGUGCCACAGCCAAAAUGCAUGUUAGAUCAAUUGAUCUCAAAAGUAUACAUAUUUUAAAUUUCAUUUUGUAAGAAUUCAAUAAAAGUAAGAGCUGUGCAAGAGACUUAACUGUGUAGCCUUUUACACAUGGUAAAGGGAAACAUCAGUCUAGUAGUUUCACAAGCCACCUUUUUUCCAGUGCACUGUGAUACUUCGCUUCAUCUAACAGUAGCUUCUGUGCUGAAUGGUAAAGUUAAUGAUCUUUCCAUACCUCAUGACUUCUCUGUACCUCCUAACUGAGUAUUCCUAGCUUAAGUUGUCAUGUUUUAAAGUAAGGCCAUUUCCUGCCUUCGAUCACCUUAGCUGCCCACCCUUGAGUUUUUUCAAGUUUUAUAUCCUUUCCUGUGAGACGACCAGGAUUGCACGUACCAAAAAUAAAGGCAGACCACAGACAUACACAGCAGUAGAACAGUUUGUGUACUCUAAUUCUUAGAAUUCAUAGGAUUAUAUUUGCCUUUUCAAGGACAGAUGGUGAACAGUAAGUUAUUAGGCCUCCCCCACGAGUAUCUUCCAUUUCAUCAUCCAAACAAGGUAGGAUAAUUUAACAGCAGUCAACUCAAGGAGUGAUGAAGUUCAAGUCAGUCAGCUUUAGAAAUUUAAAUUCAAUUAAGACAAAACAGACACGUGAACUAAGUCUUCAGCAAUUGGUGUUAAUUACAGACUAGAUCAGUCUUCACACAAGUUGCCAUCAGUAAUUGUUCUACUACUCCAGCUUCUAGACCUUUGUUGCCACUUGUCUGUUUAGCACAGACCUAGAAUCCAAUAGGAUUCUCCAUCACUCAGUAUAUCAGAAAAGCAUUCUGACACAUGAACGUUCUUCCAAAUACUGCUGAGAGGAUAUAUGUUAGUUUUGAAUGAUUACCCCUACCCAUUAGAACGGUUAGCAGCCUCCCAGCUUGUCCAAGUUAACUAUGCCUUGGUUC